UCCAUUACUGAUCCCAAUGAGGAAGCCUGACCCCGCCGCUGCUCGCACCACCAAGCUCAGAAAGGGCCUCUGGUCGCCUGAGGAAGACGACAAAUUGAUGACCUACAUGCUCAACAAUGGCCAAGGCUGCUGGAGCGACGUCGCUCGUAAUGCCGGCCUUCAGCGCUGCGGCAAAAGCUGCCGCCUCCGUUGGAUCAACUACUUACACCCUGACCUCAAACGCGGCGCCUUCUCUCCCCAAGAAGAACGCCUUAUCAUCCAUUUGCAUUCUCUCCUCGGCAACAGAUGGUCACAAAUUGCGGCGCGAUUACCAGGAAGAACCGACAAUGAAAUCAAGAAUUUUUGGAACUCAACCAUUAAAAAGAGGCUCAAGAAUUUGUCCUCAACGCCGUCUCCCAACACCAGCUCCGCCGCCUCCCCCUCCGACAACUCAAAAUCCAUUCCUUUUGGCGGCCUCUUAUCCACUCAAGAUUAUCAACAACAACAACAAGGCUUAAUUGAUUACCCCAUUUACGCUUCCGAUCCCUCGCCUUCCAUUAUCGCUCUCGAUCCCUUCCCGGCCUUCACCGCUGACGCCGAACCGGGUUUUUUCCUAGAACACGACAGUUUCUUCAAUAAUCUCCCUGUUUUGCAGCGUGUUAACACCACAACCGUCGUCACUACCGCCACCACAGCCGCCACAACCCUAGCUAAAGAAGCUAACCAUGGUAAUUACUUAAUUAGCAACAUCAACUGCCUCGCUAAUCACAAUAAUAAUAGCAACAAUAAUCCAAAGAUGGAGAACAUCAAUGGUGAGGUUGGAACAAAUUUUGUCCACGAGGAGUUUUCAAUCGGCGAAUGGGAGCUGGAAGAUUUGAUGAAAGACGUUCCUUCUUGCUUCCCAUAUCUCAAUUUUCAAGUGCAAUAGUAAAACAGUAUAGAUUUGUUGAAAAUGUGUUCAUAGAAGAAGUUAGAUGAAUGGGAAUGAUAUGGUAGACACACAGAAGACCCUUCAAACCCACUCCAUUAAACAGAGCUGUGGAUUAAGCUAAGAGAAACAAUAUUGUAAAGAGAGCUAUACGUAGUCUGUUAUUAUUAGUAACAUGCAUGUACAGCAAACAUAUUGGGAAAUUAAUGGAAGUUUGUUAUUGU